ACGGGGCGGAUCGUUGGCGCGGGGUUAUGACGUCAGCAGACCUCGCCGUGUUUCUGUCAGGAGCGGCAACCAUGUCUCCCUCGCCGCCGCUGCUCUUUAGCUUGCCUGAGGCUCGGCUGCGUUUCAUGAACUCUACACAAGAUGCUCUCAAGAGCAAAAACAUUAAACCUUUACUCAAUGCUUUCAGUCAGAUACCUGGAAGUGAAAAUGAAAAAAAGUUUACCUUGGAUCAAGCUUUCAGAGUUGCCGUAGAAGAAGAAAUUAUAAAUAAAUCUCCCUGUGAAAAUGUCUUGGCCAUCAUCUCCCUUGUUAUUAAUGGGGUCACAGAAGGUAUAUGUACAGCAUCAACUCCUUUUGUACUCCUUGGAGAUGUCCUGGAUUGCCUUCCUUUGGACCAAUGUGACAAAAUUUUCACCUUCGUGGAAAAAAAUGUAACCACAUGGAAAUCAAACACAUUUUACUCAGCAGGAAAGAAUUAUUUGCUGAGAAUGUGCAAUGAUCUUUUAAGAAGGUUAUCUAAAUCCCAAAAUACAGUGUUUUGUGGAAGGAUCCAACUAUUCCUAGCUAGAUUAUUCCCACUUUCAGAAAAAUCAGGGCUUAACUUGCAAAGCCAAUUUAAUCUGGAAAAUAUAACUGUUUUCAAUACUGUUGAACAAGAAAGCACCCUUGGACAGAAGCAUGUAGAGGACAGAGAAGAAGGAAUGGAAGUAGAAGAAGGGGAAAUGGGAGAUGAUGAAGCCCCUACUAGUAGUUCCAUUCCGAUAGAUUACAAUCUGUACAGAAAGUUCUGGUCACUUCAAGACUAUUUUAGGAAUCCUGUGCAAUGUUAUGAAAAAGUUUCAUGGAAAACAUUUCUUAAGUAUUCUGAAGAGGUGUUGGCUGUUUUUAAAAGCUACAAAUUAGAUGACACUCAGGCUUCAAGAAAGAAAUUAGAGGAACUAAAAACAGGAGGAGAACAUGUUUACUUUGCUAAAUUCCUCACAAGUGAAAAGUUAAUGGAUUUACAGUUGAGCGACAGCAACUUCCGCCGCCACAUCCUAUUGCAGUAUUUAAUAUUAUUUCAGUAUCUUAAGGGACAAGUGAAAUUUAAAAGUUCAAACUACGUUCUCACUGAUGAACAAUCACUCUGGAUUGAAGAUACUACCAAACUAGUCUAUCAGCUUCUUUCAGAAAACCCCCCAGAUGGAGAGAGAUUUGCAAAAAUGGUGGAGCACAUAUUAAACACAGAAGAAAACUGGAAUUCAUGGAAAAAUGAAGGCUGUCCAAGUUUUGUGAAAGAAAGACCAGGCGAAUCUAAGGCAAUCAGACCUUUUGUGCGAAAGAGACCCGCUCCUGAAGACUUCCUGGGAAAAGGACCCAGCAAAAAAAUUCUCAUGGGGAAUGAAGAAUUGACUCGGCUCUGGAAUUUAUGCCCAGAUAACAUGGAAGCUUGUAAAUCUGAGAGCCGAGAAUAUAUGCCUACGCUGGAAGAGUUCUUUGAAGAGGCUAUUGAACAGGCAGAUCCUGAAAAUAUGGUGGAUAAAGAAUUUAAAGUCGUGAAUAAUUCUAACUAUGGUUGGAGAGCAUUAAGGCUCUUGGCACGCAGGAGUCCUCACUUCUUCCAGCCAACCAACCAGCAGUUUAAAAGUUUACCAGAAUAUCUUGAAAACAUGGUCAUCAAAUUAGCUAAAGAACUACCUCCUCCUUCUGAAGAAAUUAAAACAGGCGAAGAAGAUGAGGAAGAUAAUGAUGCUUUGUUAAAGGAAAACAAUGAAAGUCCGGAUGUUCAACGGGACAAACUUGUAACAGGGGAACAGAUAGAGCUGUUUGCUUAUAAGCUUGGAGAAUACUGGAAAGUUCUGUCUCCAUACUUGGAAAUGAAAGAGUCCGAUAUAAGGCAGAUCGAAUCAGAUAGUGAAGAUGUGAAGAUGAGAGCUAAGCAGCUCCUUGUUACUUGGCAAGAUCAAGAGGGAAUCCAUGCAACUAUGGAAAAUCUGAUUAAUGCAGUGAACAAAGCUGGGUUAAAUGAACUUGCUGAAAGCCUAACGAAUGACAGUGAAAACAAUGGAUAAUUUGGGGCUAUUUUUUUUAAAUAGAACAAUGAUGGUUAUUGUUGCUAAGUGACAAUGCCAAACAUAGGCCAGUUGAACUUGGUAAACAAACUAUAUCUUUUAGUAACAUUUUCUUGGAAGUUCCCAGAAGAGGACCAAUAUUCACGACCCAGCAGGAGUUAUUCUACUAUGACAAGUUGUGACCUUUUUAUUUAGGCUGUUUUCAGAAUUAAUUUAAGGGGAGUGAGAGGUACACUGCUUUUGAUGUCGACUCUAACACAAAGUACAUAUUUGCGAAAAUGUAUAAGGAAGUAUAUCACCUUCUGUAUUAAAAAAUGGACUGUUCAGUCAAAUCAGAUUAAAUUUCUAAACUUUGUUUGA